CCAAUGAAGUUUUUUGCAUCGAAACAAUCCACUACACUCAUCCACCCGCUCGAAAUAUAUAUAUGCGUCCCCAUUCUAUCUCCUAUCGACAUCCACUCCAGUGAUAAACCCCCCGUUCAUGCGCCCACCUCAAAGCCUACUCACUGCCCAAUCUAUCGACAUCAACAACACAUCACAUCACGCUCGAACAAGCCAUCAGUUUCUCAAUGAGCGAACACACAUAAACGCACCACUCUCUCUAUCUCUCUCUCACCCUAGCCUAUUCUCCUACCCCCGCAACUCAUCCCAUCCAACGCACCUCCAAACCAAGCCCAUCAAGAACCCCCCGCCUAUCAGCCAGAAACCAUCCAUCCCCGUGCCGCACUGUGCCGUUCCUGCAUAUGUACACCAGCAUCACACCAUCCAAGCAAUGUCGUGCAGUAG